AUGGCUCCUGCCAACAACAGAAAUGAAGAAAGCGGCGUCGACAGUCAGGCUCCACCAGUAGCGGAGCUGCCACUUUCGGCCUCCAUGGCCGACGUCCACGCGGCGUGGCUGGCUGCCGGCGCACGAGGUGACGUGGCCGCCAUGCAUCAGCACCGAAGUCGGUUCCCCGCGUGGCUCGACUUGCAUCGGCCUGUAGGCCCGUCGGACUCGACGCCGCGUCAAGCGCGGUUCUGCAGCUGGGACGGCUUCCACCUGCCUACGGUCGGCGCGUCGGCCCUGCACACGGCUGCGUGGAGAGGAGAACUCGCGGUCGUGCAGUUUUUGCUGGAGUGCGGCCAGGACCCCGACUCGGGCGACAACAGCGGCUUGACGCCCGCGAUGGUGGUCAUUCUGCGCCUCAACCUGUUGGUCACGCGCUGUGUCUUCCGGGACGGCCAGGCCGUGCGCCGCAGUCUCGUCGUGGACCGAGGUGCAAUAGCUCGUGGCCAAGAUACUGUACCACUAUGUUCGACUGACGGUGGUUGUGCCAUGCUUGCAAGUGUCGCGACGAGUUCAGAGAACACUUGGGGCAGGUGA